CACGUUUUCCGCCUGCGGUCACACAAGGAUUAAAAAGAAACAAAAAAGGCAACGUGAAAAGGCCCCAACACAAGGGCAGCGAUGGCAAAAAGCCGUUUCAUUCACCAAAUAUUUGCUCUCGUCGCCUUUCUGAACGUAGCAUUGGCUUAUGUACAAGGUGGAGUUCACAAUCAAGAUGCAGGGGCUGGUUUGAGUCAGAUUGACCUCGAAGCUUCCAAGGAAAUCACCGUUUGUACAACACAGAGGAAACCGCUGAGCUGCUCAUACCCGGGCUCAAACAUCGCAGUUACAGGUGUAUUCUGGGGUCGCAAGUCUGCUGUGAUAUGUCCUUCAGAUGAUGGAGAUACAAUGCUUGACUGCUUCACUGCACCGGAGUCAGAGGGAAUAGUGAAGGGAAGAUGCGAAGGAAAAGAAUCAUGUGAACUUGAAGCCAGACAUGCCUUGCUACAGAACACAGGAUCACAACACUGCCCUGGCGUAAAUAAAUAUUUAACUGUCAAUUACACGUGUGUGCCUGAUGCAAAAGAAGUCGUCAUUUGUGAUUCUGAAAACUCAAGCCUCACCUGCCCGGCUUCAUGGAAGAUUGGCGUCAAUUCAGUAUUCUGGGGACGCCAGUCAACCACUGUCUGUCCAGCAGAGAACGGACAGACCAUGUGCACUGGGGCCCCUGAGAGUCUUGGGAUUGUGAAGAAGUCAUGUGAUGGGUUGACCAGGUGUGACGUGCAUUCUUCUUAUGAUCAAGUACAAAAUGGCGCCGAAAACUGCCCUGGAGUUCAGAAAUACUUGAUAAUCAACUACAGCUGUAAACCGCAUCCAAACAUAGGUACGGAAGAGGAUGCCAUUCAGAAUGACCAAGAAGCAGUUCCCAUGAAGGUCCCUCCUGCCAAACCCAAAUCAGGACUGGCACCAAACGUUGUGAACGAUCUUAAACAGCUGGACGGCGGGGGCCAACAGAUUGUGAAAAUACCAGCUGAAGAGGGGAAUAGUGUUGUUGGAGAGAACUUGAAUAUUGGACGACUGGGCAUGGGAGGCCUCAAGGCUCUGGAGAAGAUCAACAAUCUUAUCAAAGCGUCUGCUGAAACGCAAGAUGGCGACGAUCCUGGGUCGGACAAUGGUUUGACAGAUGAACAAGCGCAGGCUAUUGAACGUAUGAUAAUUGAAGGAAUCCAUCAUAUAAAGAAAAAGCCGUCAUUGCCAUUGCCUUCUGGUACAGAGAGAGCCUCUAUUCCUCGUCAGAAGAACAUGCAGAAAUCAAUUCCCAAGCUACCGCAGGCGGCGAGAAGGAAAGGCGACCCUGUACCACUUCCGACAAAGCUUGUAUCUCAAAAGAAAGCAACCAGAGCUCUACCCACUGCAGUACAGGUGGGGGUACCCAGGCUACAGAAAGAAGGGUCUAACGGCAAGGGAACACCGCCAGGUAAUCAGGAUCAGAUGAAAAAAACAGUACCUGGGACUAAAAGGACCUCGCUCAACGAAAUAGUCCAAGUUCCAACCAAAAAGAGACCUGUUCCUGUUCUUAAAAACCAGUUCGCGGAACAAAGAAAAAACUCGCAGCCUCAGAAGCUUCGUGGCUUAGGACUUGGAAAUGCAGGAGCUGGAAAUUCACCUUAAUGUAUGAAAAAUAAAGUCAGCGGCAUCGAAUCAAAAGGCAUGGCGGAAAUCCAUCCGAGUUGAUAUUGCAACGGUUGCCUUAAAUUGUUUGUUUGUUCGUUUGUUUGUUUUUUAUAUAGGAAACCGAUCCACCUUUUUGAUAGAUGCUUAGCGCUAGGAUAAUUGGCUAAGAGAUUUUAGCUGAUAUUGUAACCGAAUACGAGACUCUAGUAAAAUAAGCCGAGUAAAAGUAAGUAACACUAUUUUUUCACCGACAAAAAAAAUUAUGCACCCUGGGGUCAAGGGUAGGGUGUAUGAUACUAGGUUAAUAGAUCAUGGUUAUACGCAGGGAGCAUGAAAAAGCUUAGGUAAACUUUCACAUGAACGACUCAAUAACUGCAAACAUACCCAAACGAACUGAAUACAGCUUUUACGCUUUCCGAGUGAACUCUAUUACCUAACUUAAUGAUGCUCAAAUGUUUUCAAUAAAGAACACAGUGAAACCAUCA